UUGAACCAUUGACCACCUGAUUGGCAAGUCCUAGGCUCUGUGGUUUAACCCACAGUGCCACCCACAUCCCUUGUAAGGUAGGGCGCUGCUAAUAAACAGUACAUAAAUCCUUACUUCUCGUAAUCACCACCAUUUAUCCGACAUUCCAUGGUGCGCAUAUAUAUAUAUAUAUACAUACAUACACACACCGGUUUAGAACAAAAUGAGGUAGUGAUUAUUUCCUUUUACUUGAUCAUAUUUAGUAUUGAGAAGUACAUAGGAAGCUGCCAAAUUCCAAGUCAGGCGUUUCACUGGUCCAGCUCACAUUGUGGCAAUGCCUUUCCAGAGUUUCCGGUGGCAUCUUACAAGGAUGCUUCUCCAAUGCUGUCCUGUCCAGAGGGCAACAAAAUCGGGACAAAAAGAACAUUUGUGCAGUUAGAGGAUUUCACCGGGAAGGUAUGCCCAUUAGGAAUGGAGCAAUGUGGCCACCUCAAAACUUCUGCAAGCGCACAAACAGUACUGAAAGUAGGGUUGGCUGCGUGUCGUGUGACUACCUUGAGCACAAAUCAUCGUGAAUGUGCAAUGGAACAGAUGCUUGGAAGGGCCCUCCUUUGUUUUUUUUCUGCAAGCAGACGUAGCUCUAUUCUUGCUUAUUCCAAAUCUAGACUUGGAUUAAUACGUCACAGGACAUGUCACUUUCUAUUAAGCUAAAAGGGGAUCAGAUAGCAACCGUGCUCUGGUGUGAUCCUCCGUGGAGAUUACCAGGGAGCGAAAGAGAGAGUCUUUCCCUUGCAUUCCUCCUACCUCUCCAGACAGGUUCUAAUCAGCAGGGAGAUAUGAUUCCUCCAGGGCAAAAGGUGCCUCAAUGAUGCCCCACGGGCUCCAGGAUCCUGCCCUUGACGCUGCGCUCUCUGGUUCAUGACGGAUCCUGGUGAAGCUCCGAAAGCUAAGGCACCAUGUGGGAGCAGUUGAAGAAAGCACUCUUUUGCCCGUUCUCCAUCAGCCUUGUGGGGCUCCGGAAGUGGAUCCGGGCCUUCUGGAGCAAAAACGGCCUCUUGACACUUUCCAUGCUUUCCGUGAUGACUGGGUGCCUGGUGGGGUUUCUGCUGAGGACACUGGAAUUGUCUGAUUUGGAGAAGCAGUAUUUCUCAUUCCCUGGAGAACUCCUGAUGAGGAUGUUGAAGAUGCUGAUAUUACCACUGAUCACCUCCAGCUUGAUGUCUGGCUUAGCCACCAUGGACUCCAAAGCCUGUGGAAGGAUGGGGAUCAUCACCAUCACCUAUUACCUCUGGACCACCUUCCUGGCAGUUACCACCGGGAUCAUCUUAGUCAUCAGCAUCCACCCAGGGGCCGCUGCCCAAAAGGAGGAGUACACCGUCGGCAAAGUGGUGCUCAGUUCCGCGGAUGCUUUGCUGGACCUCAUCAGAAAUAUGUUUCCUUCCAACCUCAUCGAGGCUUCAUUCCAGCAGUACCGAACAGUUCUUCUGCCCGUGGUGAAGUCUUCUGGGAUCCCGAAGAAAUCCACAAAAUCACUAAGUUUCAUCUACUUUGUGCCGGAUGCUGAGAACUCUGAGAUCCAGAGGCCGGUGCUCCUUGAGAUCACGCCAGCGCCAGAAAUGACCUACCGGACCCUCCCUGGCAGCAAUAACGAGAUGAACGUGCUAGGAAUAGUUAUCUUCUCAGCCACAAUCGGCCUCCUUCUGGGGAAGAUGGGCGAGCGAGGGGCUCCUCUGGUGAACGUCUGCCAGUGCCUGAACGAGGCAGUAAUGAAGAUUGUGGCCAUGGCAGUCUGGUAUUUCCCGUUCGGCAUCGUCUUCUUGAUAGCCGGGAAGAUCUUGGAGAUGGAAGACCCCUCCACGAUUGGGAAGAAGCUGGGCCUCUAUGCCAUGACUGUCGUGACUGGCUUGGCCAUCCAUGGCCUCUGCUUCCUGCCUCUGCUGUUUGUGCUCAUCACCAAGAAGAACCCUUUCUCCUUCAUCCGGGGGAUCCUCCAAGCCCUGCUCAUCGCCCUGGCAACGUCGUCCAGCUCAGCCACGCUGCCCAUCACCCUGAAGUGUCUUUUAGAAAACAACGGGAUUGACAGGCGGAUAGCCAGGUUUGUCCUCCCAGUCGGGGCAACCAUCAACAUGGACGGGACUGCGCUUUAUGAGGCAGUGGCAGCCAUAUUUAUCGCGCAGGUCAACGAAUACGACCUGGACUUUGGGCAGAUCAUAACCAUCAGCAUCACGGCCACAGCGGCAAGCAUCGGGGCAGCCGGGAUCCCCCAGUCGGGCCUCGUUACCAUGGUCAUCGUGUUGACCUCUGUCGGCCUCCCCACGGAAGACAUCACCCUGAUCAUCGCUGUCGACUGGGCCUUGGACCGGUUACGCACAAUGACCAACGUCUUGGGAGAUGCGCUGGCAGCAGGAAUCAUAGCCCACGUCUGUCGGAAAGAUUUUGCUCCGAAACCAGGCAAAGAUCCCGAGAGCAACGAAGAAAAACCAGCCUUGAGGGGGACGUGUGCCUCCAACGACCACGUGAUGGAAGUGAUCGGAGAGGUUUUAGCUGAGCAAAAAAACUACAACAUCUGUCAGGUGUGACGCCUGCAGCCCACCUGCUCUUGGGGAGAGAAGGCAAGUCAGUGUGAAGAAGGUGCCUGUUGCAGCUGCUUGACCCUCUGAAUGUCCCACCGGACAAGGGCCUCACCGCGCACAAACAUAGCAGAGAGAGAUCCACUGUGAAGAAGAAGCUCGGAACGACACAAAAGUGCCACGGCGUGAAGACCUCCUCUUGCACGGAUAAGAACAUGAGAAAAGCCUGAUGGGCCAGGCUAGCGGCCCGUCUAGUCUCACCGCAGCCUGUGGAAAGCCAGCAAACAGGAUUUCCUGUUUCCCAGCCUAUUAGGAGAAGCCAGGGGGUGAACCUGAGACCUUUGUGUACGCAAAGCAAGAUGCUGUGCCGCUCAGCUACGCACCUUCCCCUGCAGACGCCCAACUUAGAAGUCCGUCAGCAGGAAAGAAGUGCAGUAAGACCUUCCCCGCUUGCCCCCCACCCCGCCUCAAAGCAUUUGGCCUGGGACAUGGGCCUCCCAUGAAGAAGACGUAAAAGGAGCCAGGUGGUCCAUCUAUUGCAGCAUCCUUUUUUCACAGCGGCCAACCAGACGCCCGCGGGGAAAUCCGCAAGCGGGAUUCGAGCGUGGGAGCAACCUUCCCCUCCUGUGUUUUCCAACAACACUCAUUCAAAAGCAUAGCCGCUUCCAAGUGUGGCAGCAGUAGCCUUAGAUAGCCCUCUCCUCCAUGAAUGUCUCGAAAUCCUCUUUUAAAGCCAUAGAGGUUUUUGACCAUCGCUGCCUCCUAUGACAGCAGGUUUCAUAGUUUAACGACGCACCCUUUAAAGGAUAAAGGGUGUAAGGAAGUCUGUUGACAACUGCUUUCAGCUCUGCCCAGACACAAACAGACAGACAGCAGGAUGGAAUUUCCCCAAGCCACAUCUUGCUAGCAUCUCUAACUAGGUUACGCGGGUGGCGCUGUGGUCUAAACCACUGAGCCUCUUUGCCUUGCCGAUUGGAAGGUCGGCGGUUUGAAGCCCCGCAACACGGUGAACUCC